AUUGCCAGCUCUGUUGACCAAUAAGCUUCCAGACUUUAACAGGAAGUGAAGUAAGCCACGCCCCUUAUUUCCUACACUGCUUCAUGUGCUCUUAAGACAUGUUCACACUACUACCAAAACUUCUCCACCAGAUAAAGACCCCCUCUCGAUUCCUCAGGACCACCUGUUCACAGAGGUCUUUACCUAUUUUAACUCUCUUCACAAAGGAUCCAUGUCCCUUGUGUGAAGAAGCAAAAGAAAUGCUUGAACUAUAUAAACAUAGGUUUGUAUUGCAGGAGGUUGACAUUACUCUUCCUGAGAACAGCGUGUGGUACGACAGAUACAAGUAUGACAUCCCAGUUUUUCAUCUGAAUGGACAGUUUUUGAUGAUGCAUCGUGUGAACAUUGCGGUACUGGAAAAGCGGCUGGCCAAAGCAGAAAAAGAACCAGUUUAAUUAUUCUCAAAUUUGUAAUAUUCUGUGUAAUAAAUGUGUAGGGAAAAUAAAACAAGUUACACAAGUUUCUCCAGAGUCCUCAGAGUGCACUCGAGCUGGCAUGAACUCCACAUGUUCAACCUAAUACACCUAUCAGGUGUAACAUUAUGACCACCUACUACUAAUCUAGUAGUGUGUUGUACUGUGUUGGUCCCCCUGUGUAUUCUGACCCCUUUCCACCAGAACCAGCAUUAACUUCUUCAGCAAUUUGAGCAACAGUAGCUCGUCUGUUGGAUCGGAUCACGUGGGCCAGCCUUCUCUCCCCACGUGCAUCAGUGAGACUUCCCAUGACCCUGUCGCCGGUUCACCACUGUUCCUUCCUUGGACCACUUUUGAUAGAUACUGACCACUCAUCACACUCGCUCGAUUUUAACAUUUGAGAUUUUGCAUUUAUUUGUUCCAUUCUCUGAAGCUCAUAUAGUUUUCUGAGGAACCCAAUACCUUAUACAAUGUUUGAGGAAUCUCUUAACUGUGAAGAUUUGUAUGAACUGGUCAUGCUUUGUCUUCUUGCUGAAGAAAUGCUGGUUUAAAAAAAGCCAGUAGGAGGCGCACUGUGGUAACUGUGGUCAAAAGGGCAUUGUGGUUAUAAUACGGCAAAACACACUAUAACAUUAACCUCCUAAUCUGUGUAUAACAUAUACUUCAAUUCAUAACAUAAUGUAUAAUGUGCUUUUACACAUCAAUUCUCACAUUAAUCACCCAAAUUUGUAGUUUAUCCUAACAGUUUGGCAUGUUUUUCUGUGUGUAGUUACUGAAUAAUAAGCGUUUAUGUUUGGAAAUGAAGAACGAGAGGUUCAGAGAAUUCUGAUUACCUGGUAAACACUGACCUGUUUACAUGUCAAAGUUGUCUCACAUUUAAAAGAUCUAAACAAAGCUUCUGUUUAUUUUGCUUCUGCAGCAAAGUUUUGGGUCUCAUGCAGGUAGGCAUCUUGUUGCAACCACUUAAUCAUAAAGUACGGGCUUACAAGAUUUCAAGAAACAAUGGACAUUAAAACUGUGUCCUGAGGAAUAUUUGACUCUUCUGUUUGAAUUUAUUUUCUAACUUCUAUGCUUGAGAGGUUGAGGUUGUUCAAAAUCAUGGUAAAAUUGUGGACAAGUGGGAAGAGU